GUUGACUAAUCACUGCAUGUGACACUAAAAUUAAAUUAUAAAAAAAUAAAGAGAUGAUACGUUUCUCUCAGCGUUUUUGUAGUUUGCAUAGCCGGCCCAUAGCCCUGACAGGAGGUUUAAGAUGGAAGGCUACUACUUCAACAGCAAAUGCUUCGAGUUCGACACAAGGUGAUGGGACGGUGAAGCCGUUCUCCGCUGUGCCUAGCCCUUCAGGCUCUGUGCCAAUUAUUAAACAUCAGAGGCUACUAAAAGGAAUCACUUCUAUGAGUGAAUUCACUGUAGAACACUUCAAAGAGUUAGGACCUAUUUUUAAACUUGAUUUUAUGGGUCAAUCAGUUGUUUAUGUUGCUGAUCCCUCUGCAGUAGAAAAAGUAUUCCGAAAUGAAGGGAAGUACCCAACCAGAGAUACUAGUGAGAAAAACAUCAAUUGGAUUUUAAAACGAAGGAAUGAAAGCAAUUUUGCUUUUCAAUCUGGUGAAGAAUGGCGUGUUAAUCGUUCCAAGCUAGGAAAGCAGUUGAUACCUGCCAAUGUUUAUGGGUAUUGUCCUGGUUUUAAUAAAGUCUCAAGAAGAUUUAUAAGAAACGUUUAUGACGUUCAGAACGCUGAUGGUUUUGUGGAAGAUGCGAGAGACUUGAUUAGAUACUGGUCAUUAGAAGUUGCUACUCAUUUUGUUUAUGGAGCCGACCUUGACUGUAGAAAUGAUAAAGAAGGCCUUGCAAAGGAACUUCAAGAUGCGGUUGGAGGCCUGCUUGAUUGUAUUUUUGAUUUACAGACAGCCUUGCCUCUCUUUAAAGUUUUUCCCACUAAAGCUUAUAAAGAUUUCAACAAAAACAUGGACAAGUUAAUUGAGAUUGGACAAGUCUAUGCUGACAAGUACUCAUCUGAUAUAGAGGCAAGGGCUGCAGUGAGUGAUGAGAAAUUUCAUGGGAUGAGUCUACUAGAGCAAUGGCUGAUUGAAGGGAAACUGAGCAUUAAAGAUGCCAUCUCUCAUUCUAUUAAUAUGCUGGGAGCAGGAAUGGACACUACCGCACACACUACUGCCUUUGUUCUGUACUCAUUAUCCAAGCAUCCUGAAGUACAGGAGAAAGCAUAUAAGCAGAUAACAUCAGUAUUAGGAGAUGAUGAAAAACCUGAUGGAGAUUCUCUACAGAAAAUGCCUUACCUGGGACACCUCAUUAAAGAAACACAAAGAUUAUACCCUGUGGCUCCUUUUGUGCCAAGAAUGCUAGACACUGAUAUUGAUCUAUUAGGCUAUCAUGUUCCUGCUAAAACAACAAUAGUGCCAGGAUUGGAAGCUAUGGGUCAAGACCCUACACUUUUUAAAGAUCCAUUGAAGUUCAAUCCUGAUCGCUGGACCACUGAUGACAUACAUCCAUUCAUUUUGUUACCAUUUGGAUUUGGACCUAGAGCCUGCUGGGGACGAAGAUUUGCUGAAGUUGAAAUGAAAGUUCUUCUGUAUCAACUCAUUCGUCACUUUAAAAUGGAGUCUGAUUUUCCUAAUGACAAAUUGUCAUCAAGUGGUUUGGUGUUGAAAAGACCAACUGUCCCUAUCAGAAUCAAGUUUACACCUCGCAAUCAAUAGCUGUUAUAAGAUAACCAAAAUUAUUCUGCUGCAGUGUUUAUUUUCUAUGCCAAGGACCAAUUUUUUAAAUUUUUAUGCUAAAAUUCAUUAUUGUUAUGCUGAUCAAGAUUUUGUUUGUUGAGAUUUAA